AUGAAGUCGUUGAUUUGUCUCUCUCUCAUCCUCCUCCCUUUGUUCUCGGUCGUGGAAGGCCAAGGUAUCGGUAGCCCGAUGCUAAAGGAGGUUGAUGAGGAAGUCGUUUUGCUGGCAAUGUUUGCAGUCUCGGAGCAUAAUAGGCAGUCGAAGGCGAAUCUUGUUUACAGAAAUGUCGUCCAAGAAACCAUGCAAGUUGUCCACGGCUUAUUAUACCGACUUAUCAUUUCGGCGAAAAAUGGGAGCCGUGGUGCCGUCAAAAAUUACGAGGCCGUUGUGUGGGAAAAGCCACUGGGCCAGGGCCAACACUCCAAGAUCCUUGUGUCCUUCAAAGAGUGUAAAAAUGUGGCUUUUGUAAAUCGAUUACAGAUGUAUGUAUGUAAGCCAAUGAGUUAA